UUUGAAAACAUUCACACUUGGGGCUGGGUUACAAUAUUAAAAAAUAAAGUCAUCAAAGUUCACUAAUUGUGCAUACGAUAUUGUACAGUGUACGGUGUACACGGUACAGAACUUCCGGGUGACCGCAGUCCGUACCCCACGUACGCGUGACGUCACGGCGCGACGCGCCACGCCAGUCUCCCAAGCAGCGCUGAGUGUCGCUGAAAAGAUGGCGGACUCGCAGUCGACGGGGUUGGCGGACGAUGCCGAGAAGGAGGACAGGGAGAGCGGCGGGCGGACGUCGAGGACGGCCACGGCCAAGGGCAAGGACGGCGGAACGGAGAGUCUGCGGUUUAGCGACAAAAAUGGCAGCGGGAAGCGGAAGAAGCGCAACCUGUCAGAUCUGUCCCUGGUCAGGUUUGUAACCACUGAGCUCACCAGGGGCUACUUCCUGGAGCACAACGAGGCCAAGUACGCCGAGGGCAGGGAGAAGGUCUACACCUGCCUCCGCAUCCCCAAGGAGCUGGAGAAGUUGAUGACAUUUGGCUUCUUCCUGUGCCUGGAUGCCUUCCUCUACGUCUUCACGCUGUUGCCCCUCAGAGUGCUGCUGGCCCUCGUGCAGCUUCUCACACUGCCGUGUUGCGGUCUCGGCGGUGGGCACCUCCUGCAACCGGCUCAGGUGUGUGAUGUCCUGAAAGGCUUCAUCAUGGUCCUGUGCUACUGCAUGAUAAGCUACGUGGACUACGCCAUGAUGUACCACCUCAUCCGAGGCCAGUCCGUCAUCAAGCUCUACAUCAUCUACAACAUGCUGGAGGUGGCUGACCGCCUCUUCUCGUCGUUCGGCCAGGACAUCCUGGACGCGCUGUACUGGACGGCCACGGAGCCCAAAGAGAAGAAGCGGGCGCACAUCGGCGUCAUCCCUCACUUCCUCAUGGCGGUGCUCUACGUCUUUCUCCACGCCAUCCUCAUCAUGGUCCAGGCCACCACGCUCAACGUCGCCUUCAACUCGCACAACAAGUCACUGCUUACCAUCAUGAUGUCCAACAAUUUUGUGGAAAUCAAAGGAAGCGUGUUUAAGAAGUUUGAGAAGAAUAACCUUUUCCAGAUGUCAAACAGCGACAUAAAAGAGAGGUUCACCAACUACAUCCUCCUGCUCAUUGUCUGUCUGAGAAACAUGGAACAGUUCUCCUGGAACCCCGACCACUUGUGGGUGCUGUUGCCCGACGUGGCCAUGGUGAUUGCCUCCGAGGUGGCGGUGGACGUGGUCAAGCACGCUUUCAUCACCAAAUUCAACGACAUCAGUGCCGACGUUUACGGGGAGUACCGGGCCAGUCUCGCUUUCGACCUGGUCAGCAGUCGACAGAAAAACGCUUACACAGACUACAGCGACUCUGUUUCCAGAAGAAUGGGUUUCAUUCCUCUUCCUCUCGCAUUGCUGCUCAUCCGCGUAGUGAGCAGCUCAGUUAAGAUCCAAGGCUCGCUCUCCUUUAUGUGUGUGCUGCUCUUCUAUUUUGGGUUGAUCACGCUGAAGGUGCUCAACAGCAUCAUCCUGCUGGGCACGUCGUGCGCGUUCGUAAAGGACGCAAACAUGGAGGAGAAGCUCUUUGACCCGCCGCCCUCGGCCGUCUCCAGCCGCAUCAACUCCCGGGCUCACCGCGCCAAGCCGCCCCACGCUGCCGCGACGCAGCCAGAUCCGACGACGGACCAUGACGGAAUACCUUUGACAUCGAUCAGCCCACAGCCUGCCUGCACGCCCGAGAGCGCGGCCCUCCCCGCUGACGCGCUCCCAAAGACCGACUCGGAUGCCUUCCUCACCACGCCCGAUGAGGAGGAUGACGUCAUUCAGAUCAUCAACACAGAGACGGGCCUAGACGAAGAGGUCCUGGUGCGCCGGACCCCCAAGAAAGACCUGCUGGAGAUCGACCGCUUCACUAUCUGUGGCAACCGCAUCGACUGAACGCCACGACGGCGGCAGCAACCGAUGAGUAUUUAUUAAUUUAUUACUGACACAAACCAGCAGAGGCUUUAAGCUGUUACUACGCGCCGGCGCGAGGAGUUCACUGGGACUCACCGGACCCCCUCCCGGUUGCUGCGUGACCUGCCCAGGACGGCGUGGACACAGGAGUCACAUAGAAAUGGGAGAUGUGAAAGUUGCUGUGAUGGUGACAACUGAACUGUGUUUUUUUUUUUUUUUCUCUCUCAAAAGCACAAUCCGCAGUCGGUUGUUACUUUAGGAAGAAACUUUUUUUUUUUUUUUUUUUUAAACUUUGAGUGGAAAAUUUUAUGUUUUUAUCUGCAGCGGCAGACUCGCAGUAACAAGCUGGAAUCUUGAGGCGUUUUGUUGAUUUUUGUAACGUGUUUCUGAGUCAUUAACCCGUUUCAGACUGCCUGGAAAAGCAGGAAAUAGUGACCCAUGAAUAUGCGGGAUAAGGGGUGCGAAGUUUCAAGGAGACAUUUUCAAUAGCCUCAAGACGUUUGCACGUGAUUAACUUUGGCCGAGAGAAGCGGUGCAGACUCAUGACCGGUCGCCGGCCAAUCACAGGGCUUAUGCAAAGAAUCAUAUACAGUCACAUAUGAAUUUAUUUAGCUUGAAGUCCUUCACAUCUGACCCCUCCCCAGUCAAGACAAACGUACCCCGCGGUUGCUCAUCAUCAACCCUCUCCCCCUCAAAAGGCACUUAUAAAUAAUGAUUGUUUUUACUCAUUUUAAAGUUUUCACAUUAUGCAUCUUUUACACAUUUUAAAACCGUAUGCAAGUGUGUUGAUAACAUUAUUAGAAUCAGAAUCAUCUUUAUUUGGCAAGUAUGUCAAAACACACACAAGGAAUUUGGUAAUGUUGAUACAUUUUGCGGGGAGGACAAUUGGAAAAUAAUCCAGAAUCCUCCAGCAAUUUGAAAUGACUCAUAGAGCAUUUGUGAAUACUACAAGAAAUGUAAGCAGUUAAAAGGGACUAGUAGUGCAAUAAUCUGGAACAGUGUCAAUUGUGCAAAUGGUGCCGAUACCUCUCAAGCACCAGUAUUGGUCAACAACAGGUAUGCGAAUAAGUGUUUAAAAAGUUCAUGACGAGGGGAAGCAGCUGUUCCAAUGUUAGCUAGUUUUAAUUAGCAUUGUUUGACACUCCCUAGUUGAGUGGUUACGAGGAUGUGGCAGGUCCAAAAGGAUUGUUUUACUUCUGGCGUCGUGCAAGUUCUCUAGAAUAGGGAGGGAGGGACCGGCAGUUUUUUGUCCGUUGCAGUCGGACUUUGUCCUUUUUGGUGGCAGCACCAAACCGGACUGUGAUGGAUGAACACAGGACUGAUUCAAGUACUGCUGUGUAGAACUGCCUCAUCAGCUCUUGUGACAGACGGUGGUUCCACAGAAGCCACAGGAAGUACAUCCUCUGCUGGGCCUUUUGAGGAUGGAAUUGAUGUUUGUCUCCCAUUUCAGGUCCUGAGAGACCGUAAUUCCCAGGAACUUGAAGUCUCAAGGGUUGACACGGCAGCUUGAGAGCGUGAGGGGAGGAUGUGGUGAUGGAUGUCCACAAUAAUUUCUAAAGCCUUAAGCCUGUUCAGCUCCAGCCGCUGACAUUCCUGUCAAUACGCAGACUUAUCGCUGUCUGUGAUGCGGCCGAUGACUGUGGUGUCUGAAAACUUCAGGACUUUGACAGCUGGGUGCGUUGAGGUGCAGUGGUUCGUGUAGGGACGCAAGACCAGCACAGUUAUUUGGUCAAAAUACACAGCGGAUAAAGAAUUACACAAGCCACUGUUCACCCCACACUCUUGUGCCCCGGAACCAAGGCACAGAACAAGUUUCAUUCUCAUGAAGACUGACGACGACACCAGAGUUAGUAAUAUCACAGUUACGAUAUAUGAACAUAAAAAUGUGUUAUGUUUAAUUGGUGGAAGCAGCAUUUCAUCGCCGAGCUGCCAAAUCACACUUGGGCACUUGUCGGCGAAGGCAGACCACCCACCACCUCGACAACUGCGUUGUCCCCAGGCAAAGGCAGUAAGCAAUAUUUCAUCACCAAGAUUCCAGUUUAGACCAAAUUUGUGGAGCGGAUCCUUGUGUGGGGCUCAUGCUAGUGGAUUAAAAAAAAGUUAUUUUUACAUAUUUAUCAUUUAACAGCUGACACUAACUUUUCCCACCCUGUUGUGUUGCAGUGGGAAAUGCAAUUACUCUUUAGCGGCAGAUUUCUGUUUUGUUUUUGUGUGUGUGUGUGUGUGUGCGCGUGUGUGUGCGCGCACGUGUGUGUGUGCGCGCGCGUGUGUGUGUGUGUGGUGUGUGUGUGUGUG